UGUCCUCGUCGCCGACUCUUUCUCUGUACACCCACGCAAGUUAGCUCUCUCUCUCUCCUCCACCCCGCAUCCCCUUCCCCACGCACGCAAACGGCUUACCCCCGUCACGACCUCGCCGUCGCCUCGCCGCCACCGCGCACCGGGCAACCAGGAAUCCGCGACCGCCGCCCUUCGAAUCGCCGCGAGAUGAUGACCUCCCGGCGGGCCAGCAGCGGCAGCACCAGCAGCAGCUGCGCGCUCUGCGAGGGAUCCAACCUCCCCUCCUGCUGCGCCGCGUGCGUCAACACGAGGCUGUUCGAGUACCACGCGACGCUGCGCCUGAGGAGGAACCUCCGCGACACCCUCCAGUCUCGCAUCGCCGCGCGCCUCGAGGCCAAGAGGAAAGCGGAGGAGCAGAGGAUGUGGAAACUGAGCAAAGCUCACGACAUCAAGGAGCUGAGGGAUCGGCUCAGCGAGUUAAAGAGUCGAACUGCGUUAGAGAAGAUGAAGAUCAAGCAGGCAUCGAGUGAUCUCAAGGUGAAAAGUGGUACAUUGAAUGUGGCCUUUAUCACGCUAAAAACGAAGCAAACCGAUUCAUCAACGAUGCACACCAAUGCCAUGAAAGCAGCACAGAUGGGUCUUAUGGCAACAACCUCCGAACGUCUGAAACGUCAGUCCAAAGCUGUAAAGCAGCUUUGCAGGUUGUUCCCAAUGAGGCGAGCUAUUAUAGAUGGAGAAAAGAAGGAUGGUCACAGUGAUCCGUACGAUGUUAUAUGUGGUGUUCGUCUACCUCGUGGUCUCGAUCCACAUUCAGUUCCAUCAGAGGAGUUAUCAGCUUCCUUGGGGUACAUGUUGCAAGUCCUCAGCAUUGCAAUUCAUAUCCUAUCCGCACCAGCCCUUCAUGUAGCCGGUUUUGGGGCUUCUUGUUCACGUGUAUGGCAGCGGAGUAGCUACUGGAGCACACGACAAUCCCAGAGCAAGGUUUACCCACUUUUUGUGCCAAGGCAAAAUAAUUGUUCUGUUGGAGAGGAAAAUUCAUGGACAGAAAGUGGUUCGGGUAGCUUUGGUGUUGAUUCUGUGGACUCGGAUCAGAAAUCCCUUUUUGACUCCAAGAGAAGCAAUAGCUUCAACUUCUCAGCCGCAUCUUCUCACUCCAUUGAGAGGCAUCAAGACUUGCAAAGAGGGAUAUCUUUACUAAAAACAAGUGUGUCUGCCAUCACUGCCUACUACUAUAACUCAUUGGGCUUGGAUGUGCCACCCAAUCUUUCUACUUUCGAUGCAUUUGCAAAGAUGCUCCAUAUGUUGUCAUCUUCAAAGACCCUUCGAGCUGCUCUUGAAUCAAAUAUCGCCUCAAGAUCAGAAAAGCAGGCACAACAGCUAAACAGAUCAAUAUGGAAGGCGAGUUCGGCCAUCUCAUCCAACAGCAGUAUGCUGGACAGCACGCACACAGCUAUCAUGCCGAGCUCUCUAGAUAACCUCCUCCUGAACUCGAACACGAGUUUCUUGUACACCGGUAAGCCGCCGAAGCACGGUGGAGCACAAGACAGCAUUGUCGACGGGUGGGAUAUGGUAGAGCGUGAGAUCCUGCCGCCGCCGCCGUCCCAGAUCGAGGACAUCGCGCAGUGGGAAAGAGCCCACACCUACGCCCGCAGUGGUUCUAAAAAGAAAUGACUUGCAUAAUGUAAGCUUUUAGAACACCGCAAGAAGCUUCAGCUAGAUGGAUAGAUGGAUGGAUGUCUGAUCAUAUGGUUUUGGUUUGUGUAUGUAUAGAAGAAAGCUAACCAUGGCCUAUGAGUUAUGCAGAAGAAGAGAAGGGCAUUGUAGGGUAGAACCGAUCAGCUCUGCCCCCCUGUACAGCACCUGUAAUUUGUAAAUAUACCUGUAUACAUAGCAUUUACUGGCAAUGAAUAAAUAUGGUACUAGCUGAAA